GCUAAUCUGUAAGCGCCAUGUCAUUAUAUAUAUGUUUGGUAACAAGUAGAGCAGCUCUGUGUGCUCGCCUGGCGGCGGAAGUGGACCGCAGCAAGCAGAACAAGAUUGUUGGAAACCCAGGACAUGAUGGCUGAGCUGACCGGAAAGGUCCAAACUGUACUGGGUCUGGUGAAUCCAGACCAACUGGGCCGCACCAUGACCCAUGAACACCUGACCAUGACCUUCGAGUGUUGCUACAUCCCCCCUCCUCCAGGCGAUGAGGCAGUGGCAGAGAACCCCUUCCAGAUGCAACAUAUGUACUGGCUGAGGCAGAAUCCUUACAGCUGCCGCGAGAACCUGCUGCUGCAGCAGGAGACCAGUGCCGUGCGGGAUGAGCUGCUGGCCUAUAAGAAGGCCGGUGGGGGCACAAUAGUGGAGAACACCACCACGGGCAUCAGCCGAGACCUUCCAACCCUCAAGCAGCUGGCCAAGGACACAGAGGUCCACAUCAUUGCAGGAGCAGGGUACUAUGUGGACUGCACGCACAGCGAAGCCACCAAGGAAAUGAGUGUGGAGAAGCUCACUGACAGCAUUGUCAGCGAGGUGCUUCACGGCGCAGAUGGCACAGACAUCCGCUGCGGCAUGAUUGGAGAGAUCGGCACUGGCUGGCCCAUCACAGACAGCGAGACCAAGGUGCUGAAGGCCACGGCUCAUGCUCAGACUCAGCUCGGGUGCCCCGUUAUCAUUCAUCCCGGCCGGAAUCCUGCCGCUCCGGCAGAAAUUGUCCGGAUUCUCCAGGAGGCCGGUGGUGACAUCAGCAAAACUGUCAUGUCUCACAUGGACAGAACUAUACUAAAUGAAACUGAACUUCUUGAGUUUGCUAAACUGGGGAGUUACUUGGAGUAUGAUCUGUUUGGAACGGAGAUGCUGAACUACUCAUUUAACCUGGAUGUGGACAUGCCCAGUGACUGCCAGAGAGUCAAGACGUGAGUAACACUGCUCUGGGAGGGCUACGAGGACAAGAUUCUGAUUGCACACGACAUCCACACCAAGAACCGUCUGACCAAGUAUGGCGGUCAUGGCUAUUCUCACAUCCUGAAGAACAUUGUGCCGAAGAUGCUGACAAGGGGCAUCUCGCAGCCCCAGGUGGAUAAGAUCCUCAUAGACAACCCGAAACGCUGGCUGACCUUCAAGUAAAGCAAAAAAAAAGAGCCGAGGCGGGCAUUUUGAUGUAACUAUUAGUUUAUCUUCAGAUGAUGACUGAACACCUCACAAUGAAAGCUUCAUGAUCUUUGCAAUAAUCACAGCCCAAAGUGAAUCAUGAAUCUGCCUUGACACUUAAACCAAUAAGUUACAUGGUUUCUUUAAUGUCAAUGUUCUCAAAUUUUUCAACAAAGAAUAAUUUUUUUUAUUACUUUGUCUUGCCAAAAAAAUAAUGAAGGGAUGUUUUAUAGAGAUCCUUAUUAAUUAAAACGUCAUUUUAUGCUUGCGAUUGCACAUUAUUCCCCUUGAAAGUAUAUUGUCUAAGGGGGGCCUUAAAUAACUUGUAGUGACAUUUCUGCAAAC